AUGCGGGAAACUGACGUUCACAAGAGAGCUGGCACGAAGCCAAGGACCAAGUACUCACCCGAACAGCUGGAGCUGCUAGAGGGCGCUUUCCUAGAUUCCCAAUACCCGGAUACAGAGACCCUGGAGGACCUGGCGGAGAGACUGGACGUCAGCACGGACAAAGUGUCGGUGUGGUUCCAGAACAGACGCUCUAAGUUCAAGAGGCAGUCCAAGGACUCCCACGUGGCCUGGAUGCGGAAGCAGCUAUACAACACGGACAUGCGCAGUUCCUGUCGACUCAGUCACAAGGACGGACAACAGCACGUACUGUCUCCCCCGGACCACAAAGUCGCCGAAAACACCCUGACUGCACCCAACUCUAACUUACACUACAUGCCGUACAGCCGCCCUGAGAACAACAUGUUCAUCCAUGGACACAAAGCCCCGGCCCCGUUCUCCCCCGUGUCCUGUCAGUUCCCUUUCCCGGCCUGCUACGGUCCUAUGUCCGCCUCAAGCAGUGUCUGGGAUCAGAUGGACCUCCAGCAAAGAACACGCCUCCUGACACAGCUAAUGACAGAGCAAGCGGAACAGAACCAAGCGCUCUCCAGACCCAGCUGUCAGAACCAAACGCUCUCCAGACCCAGCUGUCAGUACAUGGACAGACAGACCCAGGGGAUGCCCCAGUUCCCGACAUCCUGUAGUGUCCCGUCACUGACCCUUUCUGGACCCUCACUGACUGUGCCUGGCGGAUUGGGAUUCUGAAAUCCGUUAUGAUUCCACACUCUUUGACUAAAGAUAACAUCAUGCUCAGAUAUUCAGUGACAUUUGAGACAAUCACAAUUUAUACUUAUUAAUGAAUAGUGUUUAGAGUUCCAUCACAGUGUACAAGGAGUUUUUUGCAUUUUGAUAUUCAUCUCAGGUGUGCUAUUAUGUUGUAAAUUUUGAAAUAUUGGUGCUAUUCUGUAAAUAAAUUGUGUAGUUAUACGUUGCAUGUUUCCAGUAUAAAGAUAUAA